UGGUCGUGGUAGUUCAAAUGUCUCGGCGUGACGUGGUUUUUCAAACAUUUGUUUUUUUAAAAAGGCGUGAGUGUUGACGUGUCUUACAAUAUUGCGACUCGUUUUCCGAUACAAACAUUAACGCGGAAUGGCUUCGAACACGAAAGUGAAUGUAAAGGAACGUUUUUCCGACGGCGAAAUCGAUCUGAGUAUGUCAGAUUUGGACGAUGUUCCUGUCAAAGAAAUCGCGGCCCUGAGAAAAACGACGAGCUUGGAUUUGUCCAACAACAGGCUCACCAAAUUGCCGGACAGUUUUACGGUGCUCAUCAAUCUAACAAAACUCGAUUUGAGCAAAAACGAGCUGAAGGAAUUGCCAGAAGACUUCGGCAAAUUAACGAAACUGAAGCACUUGGACCUGUACAGAAACAAUCUCGAGCGAUUGCCUUUGAGCUUUGGGGAAUUGAAAGAUUUGCGAUUUCUGGAUUUGAAAGACAACCCUUUGGUGUCGGCGAUAGCGAAAAUUGCGGGCCCUUGCGUGGACCAUAAAGGCUGCUUGAACUGCGCCAAGGACAUUGUAGCGUUUUACCGUAAGCUCCAGAAGCAGCUGGAAGGCGAGGUAGAAAUGAGGAAAAAAACGCGUCAGAAGCAAAUUGAACAGGACCAGCAUAAAAAGCAGGAAGAGAAAAAGAAUAAGGCGAAGCAGAAACAGAAGGAAAAGCAGAAAGUGUUGAAUAAUGAAGUGAAAAAGAGCGUCAACUCGAAAAAAGCGUCGAAAAAGACCAAGAAAGUGGCCGACGCUGUUAGCUCUAGUAGACCCCUUUGGCGUCUGAUAAAAGCAAUUAUAUUUCUGCUUGGGGUGGCCGGGUCUGCUCUGUUUGUGUUUACGUCGGUUAAAUAUGAGCCUGUCAGAUGGGUUGUGCCCUUCUGCUCCGAGUAUUAUUACGCCAUUUUAAGUAAAUUCCCGUCGGAAUACAGGGUCUACGGCAAAUCACUGGCGAACGCCACUAGCCAAUUUCACGACAAAACUGGGGAGUUUGUGCUUCUGCUCGCCGAUCGGGUGGGUUCGAGCGAGUUAUAUCGACAUGUCUUAAACAGAAUCAAAGAGAUUUUUAGUAGUUUUGUGAAAUAAAUGUUUUUUUUUUUAAUAAAACGCUGUGAUUAAGGGUUUUUUUGUUACUAGAG